AUGGCUGAGCUGCGCUGUGAGCCCGAUGGCUUCGGGCCCAACUUCAGAAUCGUGCUUUUUGGGUUGGGUUGUUGGGCGGGCGAUGCGGACGCAGCCUUGGCGGCCGCCGAGAGAGAGCUCCAAAUCGCGCUGGCCGAGGCCGCCGCUGCGCGCGAGGCGGCGUCGGCACGGAAGGAGACGGCGGCGAGGGCAGCCGCGGAGGAGGAGGCGCCGCACGCGAGGCUGGUGCUGGUCCGCCACGGACAGAGCGAGUGGAACCUGGCGAACCGCUUCACCGGCUGGGUGGACGUCGACCUGACGGAGCAGGGCAUGCUCGAGGCGCGCGAGGCUGGCCGUCUGCUCGCGGCCGCCGGGCUCGAGAUUGACGAGGUGCACACCUCGCUGAUGCGGAGAGCCAUCCGGUCGGCGGUGCUGAUGCUCUCGACGCUCAACCAGUGCUGGCUGCCGGUGCGGAAGCACCUCGAGCUCAACGAGCAGCACGCCGGCCUGCUGACAGGCGAGAACAAGGUCUCGUGCGCCCAAAGGUGGGGCGUCGACCAGUGCCUCUCCGCCGUCUCCCGGCGCGUGGCCGGCCUGUGGGAGGGCACCAUCGCGCCGGCGCUGCGGGAGGGGAGGACGGUCCUCGUCGUGACGCACGGAAACACGCUGCGCGCCCUCGUCGCGUACCUGGACGGCCUCGCGCCAGAGGACGUGUACCACGUCGACCUGCCGACGGCGACGCCGCUGCUGUACGAGUUUGACGGGGCGGCGCCACGCGAGGGAGCACGGCGUGUGGGGCGAGCGGGAGGGGGCGGCGCGGCACGGCCGCUUCCUGGUGUGCGCUGUCCCCGCGAGCGCGGAGCGGCGAGGUGA